UUGUAUAUAUUGGAGUUAAGAGUGAAGUUGAGACCAUAUUUGCAGGGACACAUGGGUUUGCAUACUAACAGACCACUGAUUGCAAAGCUGAUGCAUAGGGUAAUAAGUGAAGACGUUAAUGAUUGACCAAACCUGUUCUGCACAAUCUGUCAGAGGCGGUUGCUAAGAGCUGCAGAACAGGUGACAGGAUGGUUGCAUGUUCUACAGACAAUGUGUGCUUAUAUGAACCAUCCUGGCCUGCAUAUAAAUGUCAAAAGUGAUCUUGUUCAUUUUUUUAUGCUCUCAGCCUGCUUCUGAUGAACAAAGAUUAUCAUGAUUGUUUGAUGAGUGAAAAUGACAGACUUUACAUGCAAGCUCACAUACGUCUCCUUUUCUGUAUCUCUGAGCUCUGUGGCUGUAAUUCAGUGCUUUCAGCGCAUUGAAGGUUUUUCUGAUACUGAAGCAACAUGGUGGGCCUGAGAAACCGUUCUACGUGGGAGCCAUUGUUGCUAAAGGCCUCAUGCAUCAAGUCUUGUGCCAAUGGUUGCUCCAUGGGCAUCACUGCACAACUCACAUACGCCAAUGCUGACACAGAGUCUGUGGAAGGUGUGUUUGUGUACCCUCUUGAGGAAAAGGAGGUUGUGGUGGGCUUUGAGGCCAUGAUUGCAGGGCGGCUGGUGGGAGUGCAGAUCCAGAGCAGAGGAAAGCUGAAGGACUGCUGCUUGGAGUGCUGCCCUGGAUCUGGUCUUGAUGGACACUAUGGGAGCGGCCAGGAGUGGAGAUGCUGCUGCGGGAUGUCUGGCCUGGACAUACAAUGCACCAACGGACACCUGAUUUUGGAUGAAGACCUGGAAAGAACCACAUUCAUUGUGGGUUGUGGAGUUAUUGGCCCCAUGGACAUAGUGUCUGUCAUCAUCAGCACCACACUAGAACUCCCUACUUUGGAAAAUGGAGCUAUCCGUAUCGUCUACCCAACGCUGCUUACUCCGGUUGUAACCGGCCAGUUGACUGCAAGCAAAAGUGAAAAUGGAGGAAAGUCUGAGGAUACUGGAGCAACCAGCUGUUUCGGUGCUACCUCAGGGAAGCAGGAUCGGGCUGUAGACUCUGAGCAGCAGUGCUCUCAUGGCCUCUUUUCCAGUCCUGCUGUCAAUCUGGCACCGUAUGAACUCAACUUCCAGCUGCUGGUUAGAGGCGCCUGUCUGCUGGCCGGCUUGGAGAGCCCUACACAUGCUCUGAGAGCAGAUGCAGAUCCUAGUGCCCAAAGUGCAUCUGCUACCUAUAUUACUUUGGCUCAGGAGCAUCCGUAUGAUAGACACAUAGAGAUAAUAUUGCACCUCAGUGAACCUCACAGUCCAUUGGUCAUUCUGGAGAAAGGCAGACUGUCCUUCAGCCGGUAUGAACAACAGAUCUGCUCUCGCCGAGAUUACAUUCGAUACACACGCAAAGACUCAGAACCUGAGAAAAGGCUGGAGUACAUCCGUAGACGAUACCACAAAGACAUCCUCUGCAGCCCCGUCCUCAUGCUCAACUUCUGUCCUGACUUACUGUCCGAGCCUCUGGAGCUGCACAAAGCUACCAGAGAGUUGCUGUUCCUAAUCGAUCGCAGCGGCAGCAUGAGUGGCACUAACAUACAACGUGUGAAGGAAGCCAUGGCAGUGGCCCUGAAGAGUCUACCCACUGGUACGAUGCUCAACAUAGCUGGCUUUGGGACCACCAUCAAGCCUCUGUUUACCUCCAGCAAGCUCUGCACUGAUGUGACUCUAAUGCAGGCCUAUGAGUACAUCCAGAGGAUGAGAGCGGAUAUGCGCGGGACCAACCUUCAGGGGGCGCUGUCCUGGCUCUACCAGCAGCCCAUGCAGCGUUCAUAUCCACGGCAGGUCUUUAUCAUCACUGACGGCUCCAUCAGCAAUGUGGCUAAGGUGCUGGAGUUGGUUCGCAGAAACACAUGUGCUGGCAGAUGCUUUGGCCUCGGCCUCGGUCCCCGAGCCUGCAGGAGGCUCCUUCAGGGAAUUGCCAAACUGACUGGAGGGACCACAGAGUUCUUCGAUGAUGAAGAAAGACUCCAGCCCAAGUUAAUCAAGUCUCUAAAGAAGGCCUUUGAACCUGUUCUGACGGAUGUUCGGAUUGACUGGUACCUGCCAGAGAACAUGGAGGCCCUCCUUUCACCCAAUGAAAUUCCUCCAUUGUACUCCGGAGAUCGCCUAGUUGGAUACUGCACUCUUUAUGACAUGACAAAUUUCAAAGCAAAGAAGACAGAGUGCCAAGAAAGGGACUACAGAGGUGUGCACCAUGACUCCGUGGGUUCUGUUUUUACCCAUUCGAAUGAUGAGCUUUCACCGCCUCCUUCAUCUGAGUUCAUGCCUGUGGUGAUGCAUUCCGACAGAACCGAGCUGGAGGAGGCUCUGAGAGAAAUUUCAAGAGAAAUUUCAUCUGAGUUUUCUUGUGCCAGAGACACUGACCUUGGAAUAAGCCCAGGUGUGGAGCUGGAUUGGUCCAGUGAUAUAAGGCGGAGGAUCCAGCAGAGCUCCUACAUUCAGGAGCAGUACGUUCUCACUCACUGCUCCCUGAGCAGCGAGCGAAGUCUUCAGACACAGUCCCACAUACACAUUCAUGCCUCAAGCUCUGACUCUGCAGGUGGGGGCUUUCUUUCUGAUACCCAUUCCUCUGGUCCAGUAUUGGAAACAGGGUCUUUACCACAAGGCCUUGAGAGGAUGGCUCCUCCAGAGCCAUCAUCCUUAUCUCGCUGGGCGGACCCAGCAUGGCAACAAAACCUUUCAGCGGACACUCCUGACAAUGUUGCUAAAAAAAAUGGGCAUCUGGAUGGAGGCGACGAGUCUCGAAGAAGACAGAAAGCAUUAGCUCGUUCUACAAUGGCAGCAAGGAGUUUUUCAUCACCACAGGGUGAACUGGAAAUGCAUCGCCUCCGGAGAGCUCUUGAGAGGGUCUCCUUUGACCAGACUCUUGGAGGACGAUUGGAUGAAAGUGAGGGAGAAACAAGGCCUUCAUCAAGAGGGACAGUUUCCCACAGAAGCCUGUCUGACUCCAACGGACUCCUGUUUCCUGCUUCGCCCCUGGACUGGGACAGCCUCACUGACCCAGAGUAUCUAUUUACUGCUGCUCAGCCUGAAGAUCCUCCCUCAGGUCAGUGUCGCUCCAUCAUUCAUGGUCUGCUGAGUGGCAAACCUGUGUCCUGGGAGGUUACUGUGGACAUGGGACAUCUCUGGCCACCGGAAGACCAGGACACCACUGGAGUCAAUGAAUGUAGAAUUGGUGGAGACGAUGUAGGAAAGCCAUGGGAGGAGAUCAUUCACCACCUGACGGCUCGCUCAGUAAUAAGGGACUUUGAAAAGCUGGCAGAAAAAGAGAGUGAAACUGGACAUGGGUCAGGUAAACGGUAUCGCAUGAAGGCUAUUCAGACAAGCAAGCACUGUAACAUCAUAUGCAUGUACACAGCCUUCACCAUUACCAAUGGCAGCACAAGCAAAGGCUUGACUGAGAGCACAGACGUCCGAAACACAGGAAUUCAUAUGGGGAACAGGCAAACUUCUCAGCCUGGAGGUCGCAGGCAGGGGGUUUAUUCUGCCGGUCUGGGAAGACGGCGGAUCAGCGGCGAAAGUGAAGAGGCUGAAGACACCUGGAACUUUACAGACGCAGGUGGAUUCUGUUCCAUGGCUACUGUAACAACAGGGAUGUCGUGCAAUCGUUCACAGCGCUCUAUAGAGAGCAAGUCAAUGGAGAGCUUCUUUAGUACCAGGUUCCAGCUGGGUCGACUCAGGUCCUCUAUUUCAUCCGGAAAACAGGUUCCCCUCAAAUCUCACUGUCUAUCAGCAGAGACCGACAAACAGCCAGAGAGUGAAACUCCAGACUACCAGCCCCUGGUGCAUUUACAACUUGCAUCAGGGGCUUUUCUCCUGACGGUGAUGUACUCAGAGUGUGUCCAAAUCCCCCUGGACCGCCUUAAGAGAGCAUCACCUUACAGCCUUCACCGACGUAGCCUCAGCCCAGCUUUUCGCUGCACUUCUCCCAGCGCUCCCUCUUUGUCCACCUCUGCCAAGCCCCCAGGUGCUCCCACGAUUCACCAUGUCACCUUUUCUCCUUCCUCGUGCUCUCUGGCCAAACCGGGUGCUCCUCCCUUCCACCACACUCCAGUGGACAACCCUUUGAUUUUGGAGUCGAGGCUUCUGCGAAAACAUUUGUCGGACCGAGACCCUGUCACCUCUCCCCCUGAUCUCCCGAGCUCUGAGGAGGGAUCCUUGGAGCUGUCUACUGGUCCCUCUCACAGUCAAAGCCUUGGACAAGCAGACAGCGGCCGUGGUUCAGAGACUGAUAUAUACGAGGGGACUUCAGCAGAGCUAGCAGACCUCCUGGGUAGCAGCCAGUUGGCUCAGGAAGAUCUAGAAGGUUCCACCUGGGCCACCGCUGUAGCUCUGGCGUGGCUGGAGCACCGGUGUGCUGGCUACUUCAUGGAGUGGGAGCUGGUGGCAGCAAAAGCAGAUUUCUGGUUGCGCUGUCAGAAACUGCCAGAGGGAGUGGACCUUGCAGGGCUAAGAGGAGCAGCCAGACAGCUGUUUCUGCUGCUGCGCCACUGGGAUGAAAACAUCAAGUUCAACAUGCUGUGUUAUAACCCCAAUAAUAUGUGAGACAGUCAGUUCAGAGGUACAAAAACAGAUCCACAGUCAUGUGGAAAAAUUAGGACACCCCAACUAUUUUUUAAAUAUUUUGGUUGAUUUGUAAUUAGCAAGAAUUUUUGAUAAAAAUGUGUUUGUUUGUAAAAUUUGUUUAUAAGUAAACAAAAAUGAAAAUUGUUUUCCUUAUUAAAGAAAGGAAAUAAAUGAGCAAAAAGUUAGAACACUCCACCCACUAGAAGCUAGUUUUUGCCCCUUUGACUGAAAUGACUUCAGUUACUGCUUGUAUCCACCUGCCAGUCUCUGACAUUGCUCUGAGGAAAGUUUGUCCCACUCCUCACAUUCAGCUGAGAGAUGUUUGAGGGGUUUUAAGUCACUCCACAAUGUCUCACAAAAAUCUGAUCUGGGCUUUGACUUUCCAUUUCUUAAUGGUCUUUGGUGAAUUCACUGUUAAUUUGGGGAGCACUGUCAUUAUGGAAGGACCGGUUCUGCUUCGUCUUUAGUUGAGUAAAACUUGUGCAGUCUCAAAUUUGUGUUCACUCUCACUUCAACAGACAAGAUCACACCAGAUAUAAAUGACUGAGGUUUAAACUGGGCAAAUCGCCUUGAAAAUGUUGGCUAACAAUGUUCCAGUCAUUUGCACUUGAUAAAAAGUAAUAAAUGUGAGACAGUCCUAAUUCAUUCCUAAUCAGAAAUAGCAUUUUUAUUUCAUUUUGUAUAAAAUGUAUAUCUUUUCUCUUUUUUAGUUUUAUCUUAUGUAUAUUACUUGAAUUACCUGAUAUGAAAUAUCCAAAUGUCCAAGCUCAAUAGAAAGAGACAUAGGCUAUUGUAGGGUGUCUUACGUUUUUCACGACUGGAUAACAAAAGCUGUACUUUAUUAGUUGAUACUGUAAAUCAGUGCCAAAUCCACCCCAAUUUACAAAAGUGACCUUUUAUUAUAAAUUUGCUUUAUGCAAACACAGGAAUGCCUUGACCAUCUGAAUAAGCUUUUCGUAGUUUAGACUGUAGCUUAAAGUCUAUGUUAUGUACACUAUGCCAAACAAAGAAUCAGUCAAUGAUUGUCAUGUUGGCUAUUAGAUAAACUGAUGAAAGUUUAGCUCACACAAUCAACAUAAUAAAACAACAUAAUGGAAACUAAGCAUUUGCUGUACUGUGUACAAAAGGAAUAAAAGUUUUAAUCUGU